AUGAUCAUUGAUCAAGUCAUAAGCUCAUGUGAGAAUUAUGGUUUCUUUCAAAUAGUGAACCAUGGAGUUCCCAAAAAUCUUAUGGAUGAAAUGCUGGAAAAAGCAUGCAUGGUUCAUGAGCAACCGGCUGAGGCUAGAGCUGCCUUAUACACGCGUAAUCGUGAUAUAAAAUCUAGUUAUGUAAGUAACUUCGAUCUUUUCCAAGCACCAGCUUCAACCUGGAGGGACACUUACUACUGUCACAUGGCUCCAGUACCCCCAAAUCGGAAGAAAUUCCAGUUUUUAUCAGAGUACUCGGUUCAGAUGGAAAAAUUAUGUUUGGAAUUGUUGGAGUUAAUCUCUGAGGGCCUGGGGUUGAAGCGGAACUAUCUCAAGGACAUGGAACUUGCUAAAGGUUGGGAUUUUCUCUGUCACUACUAUCCGGAGUGUCCCCAUCCAGAACUCACUUUUGGGAUACAAAAACAUACUGAUGCAGAUUUUCUUACUAUACUGUUGCCGGAUAACCACAUUAGUGGUCUUCAAGUACUUCAUAAGAAUCAAUGGGUUGAUGUCCCUCUUGUACAUGGCGCUCUAAUUCUUAUAACCAAUGAUCGACUCAAGAGUGUGGAGCACCGGGUCAUAUGCAACCUUGAGAAACCCCGAAUGUCAUUCGCGUGUUUCUUUAACGGCACUCAUCUUGAACCAUCAACAAGGAAGUAUGGACCUAUAAAAGAGUUGCUGACAGAGACCGACCGUCCUAUAUAUCGAGAAACAACAAUAUACGAAUACCUUACGACCCAUUAUGGAAAGGGUCUUGAUGGAGAAUCAGCCCUAACUGCACUAUUCAAGCUUUGA